AUGUCGCUUCUGCUUGAGACCUCAGUUGGGGAUAUAGUCAUCGACCUCGAAGUCGAGGCAUGUCCAAAGACUUGCGAGAAUUUUCUCAAGCUUUGUAAAGUAUAUUAUUACAACUUGAAUGCCUUCUUCAAUGUUUCCAAAGACUUUCUGGCCCAAGCAGGCGACCCUACCGCAACCGGUACAGGAGGCGAAUCUAUCUGGUCACUCAUCUCGGAGCAGAACAAAUCCUCGUCAUCUCACUCUGCUCCGCGUUACUUUGAGCCCGAACUUGUUCCGCGCCUCAAACAUACGGAGAAGGGGACAGUUUCUAUGGCCAUAGCUCCUUCCCUUGAAGGACAACCCCGUGGAGGAUGCGGAAGUCAGUUCUUCAUAACGCUGGCGGAUAACAUAGAGUACCUGGAUGGGAAACAUGCUGUUUUUGGACACGUGGUGGAAGGUCUGGACACGCUGGAUAAGUUGAACGAUGUGUUUGUGGAUCAGGAGGGGAGACCAUUCAAAGACGUCAGGAUCAGGCAUGUCGUUGUUCUUGAUGAUCCAUUUCCCGAUCCUCCAGGGCUCGGUGUGCCCGACUCGCCACCCACCAAACCCGUCGACAACUCCACCCGUAUCGCUGAAGAUGAAGACCCUCUUUUCGAGCUUCCCGAAGAAGAAGCCGAAGAACAACGCCGCCUCAAAGCCGCGCAAGCCUCUGCUCUCACUCUCGAGAUGGUCGGUGACCUGCCAUUCGCGAACGUUCGACCCCCAGAAAACGUCCUGUUCGUGUGUAAACUGAAUCCAGUCACACGGGACGAAGAUUUAGAGUUAAUUUUCUCGAGGUUCGGGGUAAUCAUGAGUUGUCAGGUCAUCAGGGACAAGAAGACAGGAGAUUCAUUGCAGUAUGCGUUCAUUGAGUUUGAUAAGAGGGAGGAUGCGGAGCAGGCCUAUUUCAAGAUGCAAAACGUCCUUGUGGACGAUCGACGGAUAUGGGUUGACUUCUCACAAUCAGUGGCUCGAAUGAACACUUCGUGGUCCAAUAACCCCUCAAUGGGCUCGCGCGGUGGCGGAAGAGGCGGCCGUGGCGGAGGUGGUCGAGGAGGUGGCGGACGCGGAGGUUUUGCAGGCCGUGACGACCUCGAACAAACAAGUCGAUACAGAGAGUCUGGCGGCGGCCGAGGUGAUGAUUAUAGUAUGGUAUUUGAUGCUCCGAGCGAGCGGGGCUCGAAGAGGAGACGAAGUAGGAGUCGGAGUCCGGACAGAGACAGACGGCGGAGAGAUAGGUCGAGGUCACCGAGGCGAGACAGGGAUAAAGACAGAGCCAAGGAUGGACGCGACCGUGAACAUAGGAGAAGUAGGAGUCGAGAGCGAGAGCGCGAUGGGAGACGGAGGACAGACGACCGUAGGGAGCGGGAUCAUCGGCGCUAG